GUCCUCCACCAUAGUAUUCCGUUCAUGUCUAAAGCUUUGGCUCGUCUCUGCUCAACCGCUGGACAUGUUUCGUAUCGGAGAAUACCAGCAGGACUGAGGCUGCAGUCAAGGUCGCUUUCGAACGUGCAGCAGCCAUUUCAGCCGGAGCGACCUUCACAACCAGACAGCCGUCCCCCAUACCGAGGCGAUUUCAAAAAAAGGAAACCUCCAAGCGCACAGUCCUUGCAGGAGCUCGCAGAAGGCCUCAACGCGCGUUUCAAACCGCUGAACUUCCCGCCGGAACUGGCUGCACGCAUCCUAACCCACGCAACUCACUCUAAUGCAUACUACUUCAACAGCAAUCGACUCUCCUUCAUAGGCAGGCGCGUGCUGCAGUCCUACCUGCUCAUGUUCGUCCACCAAUCCCCGGCUCUCCGGCCUGAUCACGACUACGAAAUGAUCAUGGAGCGCACUCUCAACACCCGUGUUCUCGGACGACACGUCGCACCCGCCUGGGAAUUUGGCGAGUUGAUCAAGUGGAGACCGGUUACUGUAGGUCCGUUGGCCCACCGCCCGGCGGACGACGACAUCAAAAGGUUCAUCGCAACGCUGGACCCGAGCACGGCGUCGACGGUGGGAGUACACAAGGUGCACGGAACUUCGGUGGAAGCCCUAGUGGGAGGCGUUUUCCAUCAAUUUGGUGGUGCAAUCGCACAUCGUCUCUUCCACACCCGUAUGCUGCCCCACCUCCUCCUUCCAGGGCAAAGCGAGGGCCUUCACGACGCGUUUCAUGAGGACGCUCAUAACAUCUAUCUUCGCAUGGGCGGGAGAUUAGGGGAUCUCGCUGCUCCUGCACGACAAAACACAGCGACAUCCGAAGUAUAGUAGGCAGUAUGUCGCACCGAUGCUAUUAAUGUGCUUUGCUCAGAAUCGCCCGCCGGGUGUGAACCCCGUUGGCUGGAAGGUUCGUUCCAUAAGACACAGACUAUCCCAAAAACUUUGUGUGGCCGUGUUCCUCUGCCGGUUUUUCGGGGCUUAUGUGGCGCACCACCUACUACCAGACUCCAGUCUU